AUGUCUGAUGAUGAAGAUAUCGACGCCGCCUCCGCACAUGGAGAUCCAUAUGAUCCCGCAGAGACAGAACGGCAGCUGGACGAAGAAUACCCUAAUCGGCCCAGAAACCAUUCUCCAACUCUUCCCUUUCACACACUCUUUCAAGACCUGUUCAAUCCUCUGAUUGAGAACAGAACAAACAAGCCGGUGGGCACCGCGGUCAACCGAAGAAAACUCGGUCCAGAUGCUCGGACCAAGACCUCGCCAUCCGAGAGGCGUCGAGCAAUCAUCGAGCGCUACAUCGCUCGAUGGCGGAGAGAUGUGGGAAACGACUUCUACCCUGCAUUCCGUCUCAUCAUUCCAGACAAGGAUCGAGAACGCGGGGUCUACGGCUUGAAGGAGAAAAUCCUAGGCAAUCUCCUGGUGAAAAUCUUGAAGAUUGACAAGAAUUCUGAGGAUGGCUUCAACCUCCUCCACUGGAAAAUCCCCGGCCAAGGCAAAUCUGCUGGAGAUUUUGCUGGACGAUGUCACGAGGUAAUUUCGAAACGACCCAUGAGAGUCCAACCGGGGGAUAUGAAGAUUGAAGAGGUCAAUGAGCUUUUGGACAAAUUGUCCGCGGCACCUAGGGAAGAACAUCAGUUACCCAUCCUAACAGAGUUCUACAAACGCAUGAACGCGGAAGAGCUUAUGUGGCUGAUACGGAUCGUCUUGCGACAAAUGAAGGUGGGUGCGACGGAGAGAACCUUGUUCCACAUCUUCCAUCCAGACGCCGAAACCCUAUUCAAUGUCUCCAGCAACCUUCGUCGAGUCUGCUGGGAACUGUAUGAUCCAAGCAUACGUCUCGAAGGUGACGAGACGAGCGUCACACUGAUGCAGUGCUUCCAGCCGCAGCUCGCCCAGCAUAACAACGAAUCACUCCAAAAAAUAGUCCAGCGACUGCGGCCGACCGAAGAGGAUGACGAAUUUUGGAUCGAGGAGAAACUGGACGGUGAGCGUAUGCAGUUGCACAUGAAAACCGACGAAUCCGUACCAGGAAAGAGACGCUUUCAAUUCUGGUCUCGAAAGGCCAAGGACUAUACGUAUCUUUACGGCAGUAAGUUCUACGACAAGAACGGAGCUCUUACCCAGUUCAUCAAAGACGCUUUCAGACCGGACAUCGAAAACAUCAUUCUGGAUGGCGAAAUGAUUACGUGGGAUCCCGAACAGGAUGCCCCCGUGGCGUUCGGGAGCUUGAAAACGGCAGCUCUUGCGGAACAACGCAAUCCGUUCGCGAAUGGGCAGAGACCACUCUUCCGCGUUUUCGACAUUCUUCUCCUGAACGAUCAAAAUCUGACUCGGUAUACGCUCAGAGACCGCCGGAGGGCCUUGGAAGCUAGCAUCAAAUCGGUCCCUCGGCGGUUCGAACUCCAUGAAUACAAGGUCGGAAGAACGGUGGAGGACGUGGAGAAUUGCCUCCGCGAGGUUAUUGCCCAGGCAUCGGAAGGGUUGAUGCUCAAAAGCCCCCGGUCUGCAUACCGUCUCGAUGACCGUAAUGGUGAUUGGCAAAAGGUGAAGCCCGAGUACAUGACCGGCUACGGUGAGUCGUUUGAUUGCCUGAUCAUAGGUGCCUUUUACGGCACUGGCCGGCGAGGAGGGAACUUGUCAAGUUUCCUUUGCGGCCUGCGCGCCCCAGCCAACUACAAAGGUCAGGGUCAGAGCCAGAGCCAGAGCCAACCCCCCACACGCAGCCAGGCUGAGCCUGACAGCGAGGAACCGUCACCGAAGUUCGUCUCUUUUUUCAAGGUCGGCGGUGGCAUGACCGCCAACGACUAUGCUACCAUUCGCCACCAAACCGAUGGAAAAUGGAUCGACUGGGACCCGAAACGGCCUCCGACGCAGCAUGUCGAUCUUGGUGGUGGAAACAAUAUCCAGAAAGAGAAGCCCGAUGUCUGGAUCAAAGCUCAAGACUCUUUAGUGGUCGAAGUCAAGGCAGCCCAAGUGACGGCGAGUGACGACUAUGGCUGUGGUAUGACUUUACGCUUCCCACGUUUCAAACGACUUCGAAGGGAUAAGGACUGGCGGACUGCUCUGUCAUUGGAAGAAUUCAUGGACCUGCGUGACAAUAUCGAGAAGGCACAAGAGAAAGCCAUGGAAGUGGACGAUGCGAAGAAGAAACAGCGAAAGCCCCCACCCCGCAAGAAAAUCAUCACCGUCGCCGGAUACAACGCCAAAGCUAUCAAUAAUGCUUCUCUACCCGACGGUCCCCGAGGCAAUGUCUUUGAAGGUCUGACAUUCUAUAUUAUGACCGAGUCGACAUCGCCAGCGCCGAAGAAAUCGAAGCUCGAACUUGAGGCGCUGGUCAAAGCCAACGGCGGCAAGAUUGUCCAGACGCAUACGGCGGUCGCAGACACCAUUUGCGUCGCUGCCCGACGGACCGUCAAAGUGGCGAGUCUCGAGAAGCGUGGAGAAAAGGAGAUUGUGAAGCCGCUCUGGAUUUUUGACUGCAUCGACCAAGCCCACAAGGACUUUGUCAGGGGAUAUCCGGAGAUGGUCCUCCCCUGGGAGCCGGAUCGGCACUUGUUCUUUGUACCAGAAGAUAUGAGGGACAGAUUUGCCGAUAAUGUAGAUGAGUAUGGGGACAGUUAUGCCAGGGACACCAGCGUGGACGAAUUGAGCAAGUGCAUGGAUAGAAUGGUCGAUAUUCAUGAUGACCAAGGUUACGACGAGGACAGAUUUGCAGAGCUUUUCCCAGACUAUCUCGACAUGAAGGGGUAUAUGUUUCAUGGACUGGUAUUCUUCUUCGACCAGCCCGGGUUGGAGCAGAAUGGAUCAGACGCGGUAUCGGGGAUAGACUCGAACGAGGCACCAAAUACUACUGACAGCACGGACAUAACGACCCGCAACAUGGCUCUCUUCGCCGGCGCAAAGGUGCUCCUGCCUCCCAAAUCUGGGCCUGCUUCAGCCUCGCUGUCCGCACUCCCCGAAAAGGAGAGACAGACAAUCACGCACAUAAUCGCACACGCCACAUCAGACCUGCCAGGUCUCAGAAAGACCGUUGCACGCUGGAAGAGUCGGAGGAUCCCACAUAUCGUGAGCGUCGAGUGGGUGCAGGCGUGCUGGCGUGAGGGCACGCGAGUGGACGAGGAGGCGUAUGUUGCUAGAUGA